CCUCGACCUAUCAGCGCCAUGACCGGCAGCAAGAAUGUGGUGUUUGACAUCGUCGGCACACUGGUGUCGUACGACGUCCUCUUUGAUGCCAUCGACACGCAGUUGGGGGCCCGUCUCCGCGCAGAGGGGAUUAAGCCGUCGCUUCUGGGGUACACCUGGAUCGAGGUCGCGGAGCGUGAGUACACAUAUCUAAGCUUGUCGGGGCAGUAUAAAUCAUUUGCGACCUGUUUCGAACUGCUAUUCUACCGUAUGCUUUAUAUGGCCGGCAUCCAGGAGCCUCGGAGCUUUGCCACCGACAGCGAUCUCAAGUUCAUCAUGAGCGAAUACACCAAAAUGGGGUUGCGUCCGGGAGCAGUCGAGUGCGUCACGAAGCUGCGCGAUGCCGGGUUCACCGUUUGGGCGUUGACGGCUGGAGACAUCGCAAGGGUGGGGGGUUAUUUCGCCAACGCGGGUCUCGCAUGGCCCGCAGAGAACCUGAAGUCGUGCGAUACGCAGGGCAUCGGGAAACCAGACUUGCGAGUAUAUCAACCGCUUCUCCAACAACUAUCUGAGCACGCGCAGCCCUGGUUCGCUGCGGGACACAUGUGGGACGUUUCGGCGGCUCGCCGUGCGGGAUACAAAGGGGCGUACUGCUCUAUCUGGGAGAAAGAGCCCAUUGUGGAGCUGUUUGGGGAGAUGGAGGUCAUGGCUGCGACUCUUCCUGAGAUGGCCGACAAGAUCAUUGCCGCACAAGGUGUGUGAGUAGAGAGAGAGAUGACGGGCUUUGGUGGAGAGAGAGAUAGACAU